CGCUGGAUACUAACUUUGUGCCUGCAAAAGCAAACACAACGUCUUCGUGCACACGCCAAUUGCGUACGUUAUCAGUAACACUGAGCAGCUGAUCACUUAUUUAGUAAACAAGUAUUAUUCAAUUUUGGCCAGGAAAAAUGUCGCGUAAAAAUGCAAUUAAUUUAAUGCACGCUAUAGCUAACAAAUCUUGUAUUUGCCCAGCACAUUCGCAUGGAUACAGUUCGGGCGUAACGCAAAUUGCGGGUGCCACUCAAACCGGCAAAAUGGAAUACGCUUUUGAGAUGUCAUCAUCGACGGUACGUUUUGGACCAGGUGUUUCAGCCGAACUCGGUGCGGAUCUACGCAAUUGGGGUGCAAAGUCUGUUUGUUUGGUUACCGAUGUUAAUGUUGCUAAAUUACCUAGUGUACGCACAGCUUUCGAUUCGCUCAGUCGUCAUGGCAUACAGUUUGAAGUGUAUGAUAAAACACGCGUCGAACCGACCGAUGCUAGUUUAUGGGAGGCUGCGACCUUCGCAAGGGGAAAACAAUUUGAUGCGUUUGUAGCAAUAGGCGGUGGCUCCGUAAUUGAUACUUGCAAAGUGGCCAAUUUGUUUUCGUGUGAUAAAGACGCAGAAUUUUUGGAUUAUGUGAAUAAGCCGAUCGGUAGAGGGAAAGAGAUUAACGUUGACCUGAAACCGUUGAUCGCGUUACCGACCACUUCGGGUACCGGUUCAGAGACUACCGGUGUAGCUAUUUUCGAUUACAAAAAAUUACACGCAAAAACGGGAAUUUCGAGUAAAUUUCUUAAACCCAAAUUAGCCCUCGUCGAUCCGCUACAUACUCUUACGCAGCCCGAACGUGUAACCGCUUUCUGUGGAUUUGAUGUUUUUUGUCAUGCCCUAGAAAGUUUCACCGCCGUUGACUAUCGUGAACGUGGACUUGCACCUGCUGAUCCCAGCUUACGACCACCUUAUCAAGGCCGUAAUCCUAUUUCAGAUGUUUGGGCGCGUUUUGCAUUACAAAUAAUACGUGAAAAUUUCAUACACGCUAUUUAUCAGCCCGAUAAUUUAGAAGCGCGAUCUCAAAUGCAUCUAGCAUCUACAAUGGCUGGUGUUGGUUUCGGCAACGCUGGUGUACAUCUUUGUCAUGGAUUAUCUUAUCCCAUAUCUGGAAAUGUACGCAAUUUUCGUCCAGAAGGCUAUGACGACUCACAUGCAAUUGUUCCACAUGGGUUAUCCGUUGUGAUCAGCGCACCAGCUGUAUUUCAGUUCACAGCGCCUGCAUGUCCAGAACGUCAUUUAGAAGCGGCGCAAAUACUGGGCGGUAAUGCCGACAAUGCGAAGCUGUCAGAUGCCGGACAAAUUUUGGCAGAUACCGUACGUACUUUUAUGCAACGCGCUGGUAUUGAAAAUGGGCUGAAAGCUUUAGGAUUCAAUGGCGAUGACAUUCCAGCAUUGGUUGAGGGCACUUUGCCACAGGAACGUAUAACUAAAUUAGCACCGCGCGAGCAAAGUAAAGAAGACUUGGCAAAACUCUUUGAGAACUCUAUGGAAAUUUAUUAAAUUUGCGACUCACCUGAAUUUAUGGCUAUAAUUCUGUAGGUUUAUCACUUUUAACAAUAAACAGUUUUUUAAUAUUAAAGUA